UCCUCUCUUCUCCCGUCUAUCUCAUUCCCCCCAACUCCUCCACCAUUCCAUUCCCCCCGAACCCUCGCAAGGAUCGUCGUCCUCCUCCUCCUCGACAAGAUGACGGAAUCACCGUUUUUGCCGCGUGAAAGGCUUUUUAAGCAGCAGCAGUAUUUCCAGAGCUUGAGCAAGCACACUCACCUGAAAGGGCGUUACGAUGCGAUCACCUCCGUUGGCAUCCCCCUCACGCUCGCUGCAUCAAGCCUAUUCAUGAUUGGCCGUGGUGUCUACAACAUGUCUCACGGAAUCGGGAAAAAGGAGUGACCUUGAGUGGCAUUGCUGUCGGCUCAGUACUUUGACAUGGGAGCCGUUCUUUGGAAGGAUUUUGCUGUUCGAAGGUUAUGAGCCGGUGACGUUUUUUUAGUUGCACAAAUUAAUAAUGCUAUCAAAGCUCCAUCUGUGGGUGCAUUUCUAGUUCUCCUUUCGUUGGUUUUGUGGGCACCUGGUGUCAGCGAACCCAUGCUGAAUUGACAGCAACAAUGUUCAACAGUUUUGUGGGCAAUGUUGCUAUGUGUUCUCUUUUAACCUGUGGUAUACUCGUAUAAGUCUUUCAGGCGAUCAUGGUGUACUUUAUGUUUGAUCUGUAUGCAAGCUAGUUCAUGCACAUUUCAAG